UCCGCCCAGUCCAUCACUGUGAAACGGUGAGGUCGCACGGGUGCGCAAGUAAGCUGUCAGGCGCCAAUAGGUUGGACACUUUUCAGAGUGUAGAGACAUUAAAACAGCAUGCUCUGGAAGGCAAUGGUUUGCUGUGGCGCUUGGUUACUGGUUAUGAGUUCCAGGAGUCUCAUCGGUGCAAAUAAGCACGAUCCCAGGACGGUGUCUUUCUCGCGGACGCUGCGCCCUGAGAAGUUGGGUCAAGUGCGCUCCCGGAGCAGAAGGGAAAGCUGGUUCGGCGCGUCCAGCUUUGCGUAUUGCAGACAGCCUUUAACACAAUCCGAACAUGAAACUUUGGAUCAGAAUACCCAUGAGACAGGGUUCCAUGGUGAUGAUGGAUCUAGCUUCACUUUAACCUGGGUUGGAGAUGGCACUGGAGUGAUUCUCGUUUUAUCCACUAUCAGCGUGCCACUGGACUCAUUCUAUGAAGGAGGAUCCUCACGCCUCUACCGGAGUGAAGACUAUGGAAAGAACUUUCAUGAUAUCUCACAUGUCAUCAACCACACGUUCAUUCGUAAGGAUUUCGGGGUUAGUGCCGGACCUGGAAACUCAAAACAGGUGAUCCUCACGGCUGAUCUUCCAAUCACCAAGACUGAAGGGGGGGUUAUCUUCACCUCCGAGGAUACGGGCGUGUCCUUCACAUCCAUCAUCCUGCCUUUUCACCCGGCUCAGCCAAUCACCUUCAAUUUCCAGAAUCUCAACUAUCUUGUGGCUAUAAGCACUGACGGAGGCCUGUGGCUCUCGCUGGACUUUGGGAACAGAUGGGCGAAAGUCCACGAGGGAGCCCAUUCUUUCAUGUGGGGUGCAAACAUCACUCUUUACUUCAGCUCCAGCCCUAAAGGAACUGUUGAGGCAAAUCGAAGAGGGGAGCUCUUUUUGAAACGGACAAAAGAUCUUGGUCAGACUUUCACAACUAUUGCACAGAACAUCUUCUCCUUUGGCUACAUUGGAGGGUUCCUCUUUACUUCUGUUAUGGAGAAACUGGGAUCACCACGUGUCAUCUAUGUGUCAUCUGACCAGGGGGAAACCUUCAACAAAGCUCAGCUCCCCUCUGCUUCUACAGAACAGUUCUACUCUGUUUUGGAUGGGGAUGAGGACAUGAUCUUCAUGCAUGUGGACAAACCUGGAGAGGAUACCUACUAUGGGACCGUGUACACAUCAGAUGACCGGGGCGUCUUAUACUCCAAGUCUCUUGAGCGCCACCUGUUUGGUGGGGAGGGGAAAAGCGAUUUCACAAACAUCACGUCACUCAGAGGGGUUUAUCUAACCAACGUACUGGAGGAAGAUGGAGGCAUUCGAACAGUCAUCUCAUUCAAUAGAGGAGGAGAGUGGAGAUUUCUUAAGAAGCCUGAGAACGUCAAAUGUGGGGCAAACGUUAAAAAGUGCAACCUGCACAUCCAUGGGGAGCACAGCCGCUACAACAACAUCACACCAAUGCUUCCCCUCACAGACCCCACCGCGAUCGGCCUGAUCAUUGCCCACGGUAGCGUGGGUGAAUCUAUGUCAGCGAUGCGGCCCGACGUGUACGUCUCCAGGAAUGGGGGGUACACCUGGUUCUGCACUCUGAAGGGGCCCCAUCACUACAGUAUCCUGGACUCAGGGGGCCUCAUCGUGGCUGUGGAAUCCCACAAGGAUCGGCAGAUCAACUCCAUAAAGUUUUCAACUGAUGAGGGUCAAUGUUGGAAGUCCUACAAUUUCACAGAGCACCCCAUAUUCUUUGCUGGCCUAGCGUCUGAGCCCGGCAGUAAAACUAUGAACAUCAGUGUGUGGGGCUAUCGGCCAGAGGAUGACGACCAGCCCAUGUGGGUCGCUGUGACCAUAGAUUUUGAGCGUCUUCUUACCCGGGAGUGUGGAGAGAAGGACUAUGUGAACUGGUUGGCUCACUCAAUGGUGGGCGGGGCUUCAGAGACAGAUGGGUGUGUCCUGGGCUACAAGGAAACGUAUAGGAGGCUGAGGAGGCUGUCCGUCUGCAGGAAUGGUCGGGACUACGUUGUCAUCAGGAAACAGACACCUUGUCCAUGUUCUAUGGAGGAUUACAUGUGUGACUAUGGUUACUAUCGUCAUGAGAACAGCUCAGAGUGUCUGAAACAGGCAGACUUCAAAGAGAAAACCCUGGAGGUGUGUGUGAACGGAGUGGUGGAGGAGCUGCAGACCUCUGGCUAUCGUAAGGUCCCCAGUGAUAAAUGUGAAGGAGGCUUCAAACCCCGGCGACGGGUGAGUGCAGCCCAAAAGCAUUGUGGGAAUGGCAGUCAGGCCUCGUUCAACAGCACUCACCCUGAGAAACAUGUGAGUGAUGAACAUGUGGAUUCAUUGAUCCUGACUGUGCUGUGUGUUACUGUGGUGGUUGUUGCUGUGGUCAUUUCCAUUGCAAUCAUCAUCAUCGUCAGGAGGAUGAUGUCAAGGCAGAGGCAACACGCAUAUCUCUUCUCCACCUUGCAACUGCAGGACGACGAUCAGUUUAUCCAGCGGGAGCCUGGGUCCCAGACCAGCAGUAACCGGGGAAGCUACCAGGCCGACUCAGAUGAUGUGUGUUUGAAUGCACACCACAAAUAUUUAAUCACUGACUGAGAAGAGUGAUUACAAUAGGUGUUAUGGCACACCCAAAAUGCAUAUAUUUACUUCCAAAAGCCUAGGUCACUUCCCAAAUAAAGGGAUGUAAUUUUUUGGCAAUAACAUGACAAGUGAAACUGUUGAUCUAUGACAAUGAUAAUUUUUUUUUCUUCAUUAGCACAAUGCCUUUAGCGUCUUUACUCCUGCCUCUAUCAGUUCUGCUACAGGGUGUAAAACUUGCAAACACUCUCACUGCACUUUGAAUUCUAGCCAGUGGAACUUUAGCCAGUGGAACUCUAGCCAUUGGAAUUCUAGCCAGUGGAACUUUAGCCAGUAGAACUCUAGCCAGUGGAACUCUAGCCAGUGGAUGCUGCUUUCAAAAGAAGGCUCAAACACCUGAUCAAACUGAUCACAUGUUCUCACAUGAAAACAUGACAACAAAUAAGGAACACUACAUGAUAAUGAACAUGAUGUUGAACACUAAAUACUAGUAGAAUACCAAUAAUUAAAAAAUCACAUUGAACUUAACGUAAGUGGAUCAGCUGUGGUUGUAGAGAACAAUGUACGUAAUACAUAGGUAUGAAUAUCUACAUCUAGUGAUUAAACACUAAAGCAAAAGGUUAUUAGCUAGAAAUUCAUUCAAAUGCAACUCACUACAUUUUGCAUACAUAUCUCAGGUAUCACACAUUUUAUGACCUGACAGACACUAAUUUUUAACUAAAUCAGACUGCAGUUACAGUGUAAAGGGCUGUCCAAACUGCCAACAAUAACUAUAACAACAACUGCAAUUAUAAUUAUAUGAGUGUCCACACUGACCAACCAUAGGGAAGAUCUCUCAGAAAUAGGAUUCAUGUUUUAAUGUGAUGCCUUUAAAAUGUGAUGAUUCUAACUGGCUGUCUUUUUUGUAUCGUGCCAACACUAUCGUUCUUCAUGUUGUUACCGUUAUAAUGUGUGGUGCGGGUAUUGCCAUUGUUAUAAGCUAGAGCGAUAUUUAAUUUAGUAUUUACAGUUAUUGUUAUAGCUAUCACUGGCAGUGUGGACGGGCCUUAAAUCCUUUACCUUGAUUUGUCUUUCUUGUUGCUGUCCACAGGAGCUUAUUCAAUGAUCAGAUGUACAGAAAUGGAAUCUUCCGAUGAGCUAACUUCU